AAUGGCUCUUCGUGGGGUGAAAGUGGUGGAGAUGGCCGGCCUAGCGCCUGCACCGUUUUGUGGGAAGAUUUUGGCUGACUUUGGUGCAAGUGUCAUCAGAGUUGACAAGCCCAAAUCACCAGAUAUGGACAGGUUAUGCAGAGGAAAGCGCUCUCUUGCUGUUGACUUGAAGAAACCUGAAGGAAUAGGGCUCGUCAAGAAAUUAUGCAAAGGCGCAGAUGUUCUUAUUGAGCCAUAUCGGAGAGGUGUGAUGGAGAAGAUUGGUCUUGGCCCCAAGGAACUAAUGAAGGAUAACCCAGGACUGAUAUAUGCAAGGCUGACAGGGUUUGGACAGGCAGGACCGUAUGCUGACAUGGCAGGGCACGACAUAAAUUAUGUUGCAAUCUCAGGUUUACUGUCUAUGCUUGGUCGGAAAGAGGGGCCACCAACACCCCCUAUCAACCUCCUAGCUGAUUUUGCCGGUGGGGGCCUCAUGUGUUCUCUAGGGAUUGCUUUGGCAUUAUUAGAACGCAGUCGAUCAGGGAAAGGGCAGGUUAUAGAUGCAAACAUGGUAGAGGGAGCAGCUUAUGUUGGGGCUUGGAUGUAUACGUCUCGUGAUAUGUGGAUUUGGGGGAAGGACCGUGGUUGUAAUUGGUUAGAUUCUGGUUCUCAUUUUUAUGACACCUAUGAGACCCUUGAUGGCCGCUACAUGGCAGUGGGUGCUGUGGAACCACAUUUUUAUCAUGAGUUUGUAACACUCUUGGGCCUGAACCCAGAUGAAGUGGGACAGUUUGAUGAUUUUGAUGAAAUGAAGCUCAUCAUUCAGAAACGUUUCAAGGAAAGGACCCAAGAAGAUUGGUGCAAGGUGUUUGAUGGUAAGGAUGCUUGUGUCACCCCAGUGCUGACUCGCGACGAAGCUCCUCACCAUCCCCAUAAUGCCGAUCGAAAGAGCUUUGUGCCAACAGGUACAGAAGGCCAGUAUGAGCCAAUACCUGCACCUCGUUUGUCCCGCACACCUGGCAGUAUUACUGAGGAUGCUAAGGCUCCCAUAAUAGGACAGCACACGUCAGAGAUUUUGAGUGAAUUGGGAUACAACCAGGAGGAUAUUAAAGGGCUAAUCCAAGGAAAAGCUAUUAUGCAAGCAAAGGAAAAAGUCUCGUCUCUGAUUCAUCCUUUGUUUUUUCUAUAGUUGAAUGUUAUAUUCUCCAAGAAGGUGCUAAUAUGUAUAUUGUAUGUGUUUUUUAGUUCAUAGAUAUAUCUAUAUUUUGUAAUACAUGUCAUGAAUGUGGAAGCAUAUGGUUCUUUAUUAAGGGAACUUUACACUGUAUAAAUAUCAUACUUUGUACAAUUUAUGUGGAGUUGAAAUGUUGCUUUGCAUAAUGUAAUAUAAGGAAUUUUGAUCAAGAAUAUAUACAAAAACAAAUAAGAACACUAUACAUUUCAAAAAGUGGUAAUUGGUUUGUCUUUUGUCUUGGGUUGUUUUGAAUAUUUGGAGGAUGAGAUAUUGUGUUGAUUAUUAAUAUGUUUAUGAAGGGUGAUGAUUGAAACUCAGGACAAUAGAGUUUUAAACAGUUGUAAGUAGGAUAAAGUAUUUUGGUAUUUUAUUAAUCUAUGAUGACUAAAUGUGGAAUAAUAAAAUGUGUAAUAAAUGCAAAGUCCAUAA